AUGGGCUGCGCCGAAUCAAAAGAAGCCCACCAAAGACUCCGCAGCGCCUCGCUCAGUGGCGUCACAGUGCCCAACUCAUUGGAGCUCUCCUACGACCCCUCAUGGAGCAAACUGAGGCUCCACCUCCUCAACAGCUCCUCGGAGCCCGUCUACACCGUCAACCUCCCCGGAGGCUGGUGGGGGAGCCUCAUCUUGUAUGACGGCCCUACCGUGGAGCACCCGCCGCUCGCAGCGGUCCGCAACACCGGCAAGUCGGGCAUGGGGAAUCUCGUGACGCUGCCGCCUCUAUGGCCCGGCGAGGAGGUCUUUGAGGAGAAGAUCUCGCGCCGGAACAAGGGCUGGAUGGACGCCUGGUCCUUUGCCGUGCCUGUGCUUGACCGAGCGGGGGAGAAGGCGACGACACGCGUGGAGCGGUUUGAGUGGGUGAGCUCCGGGGGGAAAGAGGUCAAGGGCUUGCAUGAAUGGGGUCGCGGAUGGAAACUGAGGCGAGUCGCGGGCAGUCAGGCCGCUGCAUAUGCAGACAAGGCCUGGGAGGAUGAGAAGGAUGAGGGAGAUGCAGCUGCGUACGAGUAUGAGAAGCUCCAGGCGGACAAAGAGGUCCUGGCUGUGUGGGCAGAUGCAAACGGCUUCAGCAAAAGAGCCGCCAAGUUCGAGUUCGUCAAUAGCGGAGCGACCGGUGAGCUGGGGGAGGCGUGGAGGGUCAUGGCGGUGGUCUCGUUUGUGAGGGUAUGGCAGAGAUACAUGCAGAUCGCAGUGGCAUAG